UUGAAACCCAAUUUCUUUCUUUUUUUGUUUCUUUCUUCUGUAUUAAGCUGACCACCAAAGACAAUUCCUUUGCAUCUGUAGCUGGAAUUUUCCUUCAUUUUCCAUCCAAUUUCCAUAUAAAGUUUCAAACUUGCAAAUCUCAUCUUUCCAAAAAUCCAUUCUUUUUUCUUUGGUUACCAAUUUGACUUUGCUCUCUGCUGCUGAACCAAGAGUCCCAGAUCUCUGCAUUCCAAUUCUCAUUCAUGGCUGGUCGCUAUGACAGUAACCCCUUUGAUGAAGAAGAAGUGAACCCCUUCUCUAAUCCUGGAAGAGUCCCCCCUGCCACAAAUUCAAGGCUUUCACCUCUUAAGCCAGAGCCUGUUGAUUACAAUUAUGGCUUUGGUGCGACAGUUGAUAUACCACUUGAUACAUCAAACGAUUUGAAAAACAAGGAGAAGGAACUCCAGUCCAAGGAGGCUGAAUUGAAAAGAAGGGAACAGGAAGUAAGACGGAGAGAAGAAGCAGCUGCACGAGCUGGAAUUGUUAUUGAAGAGAAGAACUGGCCACCGUUUUUCCCAAUCAUCCAUCACGAUAUUGCUAAUGAAAUUCCUGUUCAUCUUCAAAGAUUGCAAUAUGUUGCUUUCACCACACUGUUAGGAUUAGUAGUGUGCCUUACAUGGAAUGUUAUAGCUGUUACUGCAGCUUGGAUCAAGGGUGAAGGUGUAAAAAUAUGGUUUCUGGCUGUUAUCUACUUCAUAUCAGGGGUACCUGGAGCAUAUGUUCUGUGGUAUCGUCCAUUGUAUCGUGCUUUUAGGAAUGAAAGUGCUCUGAAAUUUGGAUGGUUUUUCCUGUUUUAUAUGAUUCACAUAGGAUUCUGCAUCUUAGCUGCAGUUGCUCCUCCUAUAGUUUUCAAAGGAAAAUCCCUGACGGGCAUUCUGGCUGCCAUAGAUGUGCUGGAUAACCAUGCUUUGAUUGGGAUCUUCUACUUCAUUGGAUUUGGGUUAUUCUGCCUCGAAACGGUGAUCAGCAUUUGGGUUCUUCAGCAAGUAUACAUGUACUUCCGCGGCAGUGGUAAGGCGGCCGAGAUGAAACGGGAGGCUGCAAGGGGAGCUUUGAGGGCUGCAAUCUGAUAAAUCAUCGUGUGGACGACGACUUGUGAACCAACGUUGUAAAUUACAGCCACAAAGAUAUUCUACUCAGGGUGAAUUUUGUGAACAAGUGUUAUUUAUUUGUUUUCUCUUGUUUGACAUGCUGCAUAUUUAGGUGUUUUUGUUGGUGUACAUUAUAACCAGCUUUGACAUAACAGUGGCUGAUAGAUACAUGCUUUAGUUCAUUUGUAUUGAUCUCUACCUAGUUAAACAUUAGACAAUUGAAUGCUCCUCGUGCUGAAAUAAGUUCAUAAGCACAUUUGAGGUGAUUAAAAUUUGGUUUUUUCUGUGGA